GUUCUUGGCCCGUUGCUUUUGCUUGUUGCACCCUUGUUUCCACCGCUAGUUGUCGAAGACCACAUCAUGGCCGAUGAGGACAAGAAUGGAGGGUCAGGAGCUUGGUCAAGAGUUCCUACCUGGGAUGGCAACCCUCAGGGCUGGAGAGCCUUCAUGAGGGAGAUGCAAUGGUGGAUGUCAGCCCUCGACCUUGAGGGAACGAAGAAAUACAACCUGGCUGCACGAUGGUUGUUGAGGCAGAGCGGCAUUGUCCGCCAACGUGGCGAAGAAUUCUCGCCUGCUGACUUGGAGUAUCAGCGAGAGAUCACCGCCACUGACCCGGUGACUGAGGAAGUCGUUGUCAUUACGCCUGAGGAUCCGUUGGCUGGCUUGCACAAGUUGUUGCGUGCAUUGGAGGGCAUCAAUGGCAAGACGGUCCUUGAUAAGCGUGGUGACCUUCGCAAUGCCUUCUACUUGGAGCUCCGUCGACGACCAGGUGAAAGGUUGGCAGAGUUCUGCACGAGGUUCAGGUCGGCAGUUGCUGAUUUGAAGGCAGAGGGCGUGGUUUUGCCUUCCUCGGAGCUCGGCUGGUUUUUGAAGCAGAAGCUUGGAUUGGACGCGAUUCGAGUUCAGUUGCUUGAGACGGCAUUGCAAGGUAAGGAGUCGUAUGAGGAGACGGAGCUGGAGGUCCUUCGACUCUUCCGAGACCUUCAUGUUGAAGAAGAAGAACCUCAUGAGGAGACUCAUGAGGAUGAACCGGAUGAGCAAUACUCCCUGGAGGAGGUCUUGCAGGCUGAGGCUGAGAUUCUGGCCACGGAGUUGGAGGAAGCCGUUGAUGACGGCAUUGGUCCUGACAUCAUUCAAGAUGUCGAAGAGACCGUAGAAUCGGCAGCGGAGGCUCUGUUGACUAUGAGGGAGGCUCGGUCAAAGUUGGCUGAGGUUCGAAAAGAUAGAGGCUAUGGCAAGGCCUCGACUGGAGCUGACUCACCAAAAGGCAAGAUGGCCAACAAGAAGAGCAAGCUUCCUUGUUUUGAUUGCAACCAACUCGGCCACUGGGCCGGAGAUCCUGAGUGCAAGAACCCCGGCGCUGGCCUUGGGCGUAAGAGUCCCAAGAAGCAUCCGAAGUCGGUGAAGGUUGUCGAGACCAUGAACACCGAGCAUGUUGUUGCUGACCCCACACUUUUGCCAGCCGUCGAUGGAAAUGGAGCCCUUGCAGUGUCGUGUGUUUCCCGAAAUUUGAAGUUGAGCGAUGUUUUUCAUGCCCCCAACUCCAAGGAGGUUCAUGCCGUGCACACUGGCCUUACUGCAGACAAGCGUCUUGCGGGUGCUUUGGACAGUGCUUGCAACCGGACGGUCACGGGUUCAGAGUGGCUUCACAGUUUUCUUCGUUGUUUGGAGCAUGCGCCCCAAGCUGUUCGAGAUCUGGUGCAGUCGUCCCCUGAACAUGAGGUGUUUCGUUUUGGAGAUGGUGGAACUCAAGUUAGCUCAACCAGGUGGCGAAUCCCCGUCAUGCUGGGCGACACCGUCCUUUGCGUAUGGGUUUCUGAAGUACCUGUUCCAAGCUUAGGUCUUCUUCUGGGCCGGGAUUUCCUCGAAUCGGUGGGGGCCAACAUGUCCUUUGCCAACCGGGUGAUCCAGUUUGAGUACUUGAAGUGCCAUGCCCUUCCUUUGAAGCAACUUGCUGCAGGCCACUACAUGCUGCGCCUGCUGCCGUCGCAUUGGGCAGUUCUUUGGCUGACCAUGCUAGCUGCCAAAGCCGCUCACAGCGCCGGUCGCGAAGACAACGAGACUCGGCAGCAUGUCAGGUGGACAAGAAUGGUCGCACGCCUCGCUGCAAGACAAGCUUGGCACUUAUGGGGUGUCUUCUUGUGGCUUGUGCGACGUCCUUCAAUGCGGUUCGUGCCUCUCCCGUACCCAUCGGUGUCCACCGUGAAACAAUGGCGACUUCAGGGCAAGACCCAGGAAGAGAAUGGCAUCGUCCCAAAGGGUACCUUUCAGAAGGCCGAGCUGUGGCAAGCAUGGACAGUCAGCAACAUGAGCGAUUGCAUUUGGCUUCGCAAUCGCAUGGGCAUUCGCUACGCGUUCCUGGAGGACCCCAUUCUGAUGGGCAUGCUGGCUGCGAAGAGUGCAAAGGGCCUGACGGCUCGUGUGAAAAAGGAGUCUAUUGCGGAGGCCGUGGAGAAAGCGCAUCAGUCCCAGAUGCAAGGCACUGCGGACCAAGAGGCUCGUGCUAUGAUUGGUCCCAGAGGUGGCCUUCCAACCCUUCGCUCAGAUCUUCUUCGUUUGGCAGCGUUGCUUCAUGUGCAUAUUGGAGAGAAGGACACCGUGCCGGUGAUCAAGGAGAAGCUGAAGCCUAUGGUGGAAGCGCUCAAGGGCCGCACUCCGGCUGCCGACAGCCGAGCUUCGUCCUCAACGGCACAGCCACCACCUGUGCGUCCUACAAGCGCACCAGUGCAGAAGCCCGCGGCGAAACCGCCACCGAGGGCCAUUCAGUCCUUCACACCACAGCCUUGCGAGGUGCUUCAUCAGACUCGAUCCAUGGCCGCCCUGGAACAGCUUCUGAAGCAGGUCAGCGCCGCCGUGGAGCAGAUCAAGGACCAGCCCUACAGCAUGCAGACUCAAGGAACGAUGCCUCAGCAAUACUCUCUCGAGCAGGCUUCCGACGUCUCCAUGAACGACUUGGACGCAGAGGCUCAACGCCAGCUGAUGGAGGACGCCGCCCUGAGCAUGGAAGCCGUCUACGAGGAGAAGCUGGAGGCCCAGUAUGGCGAAUGGGGCAUGCUGGAGCUGACGCCGGAGCAGAAGGAGCGAGCUUGGGAGAAACAUCGUCGUGAUCAGCUCUCGCGUUUUGGAGUUGAGACCGCCAAGAUCAACCAAGCUCUCCAGACUGAAUUUGAGAAUGAGAUGAACUCCUUUGUGAAUGAUGAGGUCUUUGUGCAUGCGAUUGACUUCACUACAUGCUUGAAGCCGCUGAACUCUUCCGUGAACCUGGAGGAGAUCUUGGAGAAGGGCCGCAUUUUGAUGCGAUUUGCUUUGGAGUUGGCAGCCAUUCAACAUGAAGCUGGUCGGCGCUACAUCCUGGAGAACCCUCAACCAAGUGCCGCUUGGAAAGAACCUGACAUGGUGAAGUUCUUGGACGAGUUUGAAGCCAAGGUUGCGAACUUUCACCAAUGCCAAUUUGGACUUCGCAGUCUUCGUGGUGGGCUUCACAGGAAAGCGACUCGUGUGGCAUCUUCGAGCUUUCCGGUGGUUGCUUUGCUGGAUGGGCGCGUGUGCGAUCGCUCCCAUGGUCAUGACCCGGUCAUUGGCGGCCGUGUGGUGACGGAACGGGCUGGGCACUAUCCUGGACCUUUGGCACGCGCCUUUGUGGUUGGGAUGGAGCGGCAGUUCAACAGCGAAGUGGCUCCUAGGGCUUCUGAAGUUCUGGCUGUGAGUCAUGGUGAAGACGCUGAUGAGGAUGGAGAAUCCAGUGGCAUCUAUUUCCCCGACAGUGAGACUGACGAGGAGGAUGGCACGAAGACUCCGAAUGCAAAGAUUCCGGCUAGUGUGCGAGCUGCUAUUGCUCGACUUCAUGACAACACAGGACAUCGCAGCAACAGGCGAUUGGCUCGUGCCUUGGCGAUCUCUGGAGCACCGGCAGCUGCCAUUCAGGCUGCCAAGGAACAUAAGUGCUCGAUUUGCGCAGAGCGUGCUCCGCCCAAGUCACAACGUGUUGGUUCUUUGCCCCAGCCUCGUGAUGUUUCCGACCAGGUGCACAUUGAUUUGUUGGAAGCUGAGGAUUGCAAGGGCACCAAAUACUACAUCAUCCAUGCGACCGACUUCUGCACUCGCUUCCAGAUGAGUGAGCUUUUGGAGAGAAAGACUGCAGGAGCGGUGGUGAAUUUUUUGAAGACUCGAUGGUGGCCAAUUUUUGGACCUAUGCGGACCUUGGUGGCUGAUCAAGGUCUGUUGGUGGCUGUUGAACAAGGUUCUGAAGGUAACACUGGGGCGAACGCCUACAUCUCCUUCAAGGGCCAGUUGACAAAGUGCAGCUUGGAGCAUGUGAGAAGGGCGAGUCCUAUGGAGCAAAUUGUUGCUGGUGAUUGGGAAGAAGCGAUUCGUGAGGCAGUGGCUAGCGCCUUGCGUGACAUGACCCGUAGUGGACUACCUGCUCGACCUCAAGAAGUACAUGAUCAACCAAUCCCAGAGGAAUCGGAGUGGCCUCCUGUUCCCAUUAGCGAGAGCGAGAGUCCAAGCACGGAGAGUCCAGAUGGUGAGCCACUUCCAGCUCAUCCUGCCUUUCCCACCGUUGGUGAGACGCCGCCGGUGAAACCACGUGAACGUCAACCUUCCAGUGACUUGCCUCCUGUACAUCCUCGUGAGAUGGUGAAUGCGUUGCAGUCAGGAACUGAGGCGAGUGUUUCGCGACUUCCCUCCCAUUCUGGAGUGAUGGCUUCGAGGUUGACGACCCCUAUGACCAGGCAGAAUACACCUAUGGCAGCUCCACCCUUGUUUGCAGGUGCUUCUUCUAGUUCAGCUGGCGUGCUGGGUGCGCAGAUUGAGCGUGCGCGACUGUUGGAGAAACGCCCUGCGGAGAUGGAGACGGAAGAGCUUCGAUCCCUGGCUUCUUCACAAGCAGCCUUUGAACAACCUGUUGGACAACCUGGAGGUGAAUCUGAGCUGCAUGACACGUUGGUGGUGAGCAAGGAAGAUGUGAUGUCAGUGCUUGAGCAGGGUGACAAAGUACAUCCUCUCAUCAAGCUCUACUGUGAAGCUUGCGUUGACAGGGCAAACCCUCUUGAUGCUCAAGUACACGACCACGGCACCUGGGAUGGAAGAUGGGGUCUGCCAUCUCGCAGUGAGUUUCUAGCUCGCAAGAAACUUGGUUUGAUGUGGCCUUGCGGUGCUGAUGAACUUCAUGAGGCCAAUGCAGUCCAGGCUGCUCGAAAAGAGUACUAUUGGCGUGCCAUGACGCCUGACCAGAAAGCUGCCUUUCGUGUCGCUGCUGAAGCAGGUUGGUCUGUUUGGGAGACAAACGAGGCGGUCGAGGUCCUGGACGACAAGACUUCUCAGCGCAUCCGCGCUGACCUGAAGGCCAAGAAGGAGGACUGCAAGAUUCUGACUCCCAGGUGGGUGUUCACAGACAAGCAUGAUGGCUUGCGCACGAAGGAGAACAAUCUUGGGCUCAAGGCCAAUGCUCGGUUGGUCGUUCCUGGGUUCAAGGAUGUUUUGUCUUUCAGCCUGCGCAAAGAUGCGCCCACAGCCUCGAGAUUGAGCCAGCACCUUGUUUUCUCCUAUGUCGCUUCCUACUUCAAGGACCAUGGCUGGAGGUUGAUGAGUUGUGACGUGAAGUCCGCCUUCCUGAAGGGUGAUCCUUAUAUGGAUGGCACUCGCGAGCUUUUCAUUGAGAACACCAAGGGACUUCAUGGUGAACCUCAGUUGCCUUUUGGUGCCAGUUGUUUGGCGCGUGUGAGAAAGGGUGUUUUUGGUUUGAGCGAUGCUCCUCGGCAGUGGUAUCUGCGGCUUCAUCGUGCUCUGACUGAACUUGGUUGGGAGCGCAAUGUGAUGGACGCAGCAUGCUGGAUGUUGUGGGACGCUGAGCGCAAGACGCUUUUGGGCAUUUGUUUGUCUCACGUGGACGACCUCUUGGUUGGCGGUGGUGAGACGGCACGCAACAGCAUCCUCUCCUUAGAGAAGGUCUUGGGUUUUGGGUCGGUUGAGCACAAUUCCUUCAACUACUGUGGCAAACGAAUUUCUCAAGAUUUGACUUCCGGUGUGGUCACCGUGACUAUGAAGGAGUACCACGAGAAUGUCCGCCCAGCAGUUGUGCCUCUUCAUCGACGAGCUGAUCCCAAUGCCCUGCUGACAAGUUCUGAGCAAAAGCAAUUGCGAGCGCUUUUGGGAAGCCUCCAGUGGCUUGUGGCACAGGCUCGCAUAGACCAAGGUUUUGCAUUGAGCACUCUACAAGGAGAACAACCUCAGACAGUUGGCACCUUGCUUCGUUGCAACUUGCUCCUAAAGCAAAUGAAGCUGACCGCUAGCUUUGGCCUGACCUUUAGGCCGAUGUGCUUGGAGGAUGCGGGUGUGAUGGUGAUCACAGACUCAUCCUUGGGGAAUGUCACCAAGGAAGGCUCCACCAUUGGCUCUGUGGAAAAGCGUGUCUUCAGCCAGAGCUCCUACAUGGUCUUGUUGGCGGACAAGAAGUUGAUGUCCGGUGAGGAGGGCCAGUUCUGUCUCUUGGAUGGGCGAAGUCAUCGCCUGAGCCGUGUGUGUCGCAGCACAUACGCUGCGGAGCUGCUUGGGGCUGAGGAGGCCUUUGACUGUGGCCAGUUCAUCCGCGGCGUGCUUGCUUCCUUUCGUGGUUUUCCCAUGGAGAACCGCUUUGUGGAGAGCAUCAUGGACCUUGUUCCCCUCAGCGUGGUUGUGGACGCUAAGGAUGUUCAUGACAAGUGCAACAGUGAUUCCACCUGCGGUGCGCAAAAGAGUUUAGCUUUUGCUGUUGCAUGGAUGAGGUCAGUCCUCCGACGUCCUCGAACGUCACUGAGGUGGACGGCGACAGAGAACAUGAUAGUGGAUGGUGGGACGAAGUUCAUGGACAUGCAUCACAUGAGAACCAUCCUGAACCGUGGCCGUUGGUCAGUGAAGUUCAAUGUGGACUUCAUCAAGGGUAAGAGCAAGGGCACGAAGGGGAAGCCUGCUGCCGCCUUGAGUGAGGGCAAUCUGCCCGGUGAGCCGUUGCCUGUGAGCCAUCCUGUUUUUCCGUAUUUGCAUCAGUUAGGUGAUCGACCUGGCUGGCAUUUCGAUGGUGAUUUGGCCAUCAAUGUGGCACGAGAUGCCAAGUCUUUCCGCUCCCCUGCUCCUAGGUGCGAUGUAAAGAAGUUUCAUCUGCGCAGCACUUUUGGCCGAUUUGAUCACGAGGCCGGUGCAUCAGAAUGGAGAGCACUUGAGGAGGAGGUUGAUUUGAAUCAGCUAGCCAAUUUGCAGCAGCUGAUCGGAGCCACA